UUUUUGUAUUUUUGCGCUGCGAAUGACAUCACAGCGCAGGAAUAAUCCCGUUGCUUCUUCCAUCAUCAUCAUCACCGGAGAGAAAAGCUCCACUUGAUGACGAUGCGUGUGUAGCGUCUCCUGCUCCGCAUCGACUCCUCUCACACUCGCGUGGCCGGACGUCGCUGCUCUUUGUCGGCUUUGUUGCCUCAGAGUCUCGGCGCCUCCUCACUUGGUGAACAAAUAGCGCCUUCUGAAAGUACCAACAGGAGUUGUUGAGGGAACGGCGAAGGUGGCGGAGACGAGAUCGACCUAGAUCGGGCGUGGUUGCUGUAGAAAACCGAGAAAAAGUCAUCUUUUGUUUGCGAAACUUGACAGCCACGAUGUCGUUGUCGGUCCCGCAGAACGGAGUGAAGGCGGACAACGAGCCCGUUAUUGAGCUGUUUGUGAAGGCAGGAAGUGAUGGCGAGAGCAUCGGGAACUGUCCCUUCUCCCAGCGACUCUUCAUGAUUCUGUGGUUGAAAGGAGUCGUCUUCAAUGUCACAACUGUUGACCUCAAGAGGAAGCCGGCCGACCUCCAGAACUUGGCCCCCGGCACUCACCCGCCCUUCAUCACCUUCAAUGGCGAGGUCAAGACUGAUGUCAACAAGAUUGAGGAGUUUCUGGAGGACGUCCUAUGUCCACCCAAGUACGUCAAGCUUGGUGCCAGACAUCCGGAGUCCAACACGGCAGGCAUGGAUGUUUUUGCCAAAUUUUCUGCUUUCAUCAAGAAUUCGAAACCUGAUGCAAAUGAAGCUCUGGAGCGAGGACUCCUGAAGAUGCUACAGAAGCUGGAUGAGUAUCUUCGCUCUCCGCUCCCAGAUGAGAUCGAUCACAACAGCAUCGAGGACGUCAAGGUUUCCAACCGCAGGUUCCUGGAUGGAGACGAAAUGACCCUGGCUGAUUGUAACCUCCUGCCAAAGCUGCACAUAGUCAAGGUCGUGGCUAAAAAGUACAGAGGCUUUGAGAUCCCCAAAGAGAUGACCGCCGUCUGGAAGUACCUGAACUACGCCUACACGCGAGACGAGUUCACCAACACCUGCCCCAGUGACAAGGAGAUUGAGAUCGCCUACGCCGACGUGGCCAAGAGGCUGGUCAAAUAAGCUCCCGGUAGCUCUCUCCCUGCUCUUCCCAGCACCAGGACUGAAGUGCUCACUCACGAGAAAGAAGAACUCUGGACAUCUUUCCUUCUCUCCUCACCUCCAAUUUGCAAACCCCAGCCCCUCAUUCCAUGAAUAGAUCCUCAGCUUCAUCUUUAAUGAAUCUAUAUUUUCAAUGGCUGCUCAGCUCCUCGACCACGAGGGUCAGUGCUUAUGAAUGUCAGGACCCCCUCUCUCUGAUAAGUGGCCUUUGCCGAUGAACUGUGUGGAAGAAGUGAUGCAAAAGUGACUGUCCUUGGAUCUUAACAUCUCAGUCAGUCCAGUUAUUGCAUGUAGCUUUCCUAAAGAUCAGCUGUGUCACUUGUUCUAUACAGUGUCUGCCUUCUCCUGACCACCCUAUUGCUUUAUAUCAUCUGUUAUGUAUGGUGACUUCACCAGCCACAAAGCAUGUGUGCUAUCUUUUGGGUUGUUGGGAAACAUAACAACAGUGUUGAAGCAUUAACCCAAACCUGAGCAGUCAAUAGAUCAAUGCUUUAUUUUACUGUCAGCUGCAGGUACUUCAUGAUCUGAUUCUUUUGCUGCAGAGUAGCAUUCAUAUUUCUUGUGUAGCUGGAAGACCAAAUCUCUGUCCAAGUCACUACACGGAGACUGAGAAACCGACACAAGCCGAGGCACAUUAUUCCUGUUUGGGUCGGGCUGCUCGGAGUAACAGUCGAAACAGUCCGACGUGUGGUCAUGCAGCAAGAUGUAUUUAAAAAUAAAUAAAACUCAAUGGAGUACCUGCUUCUUCUCUAAAGUAGUGAAUGUAUUUAACAAUACUGUAGCUCUAGCGUAGCACAGAUGAAUAUUCCUUCCCACUUUUGUCUCAUCAUAUGAAAUUGAAGAAAAAAGGAAUUGUAAAUAUUUGUUAUUUGAUUUCUCAUUUUCCAUGGUGUAAAUUUUAUAUACAUUUGAUUAGAGUUUGGAGGGAACGUGGAAUCACACCAGAUUUAUGAACAAGUGGUUUCCUCAACUGCCUUAUUAGUUUGUUUUUGCUUUUUUCCAAAAUCUUUUCAUUAUUCACCAUGUUGCGAGUUUUGUCAUGGCUUUUUUUUUCAGCAACCAAAUCGAAAUAAAAAAUUAAAAAUUGGCACACUGUGGUUGUUUUUUUGUGUAUAGAUGAUGGAUAUGUUAUUGAAAUGACAAGUAUGUAUUUUUCAAAUACGUGGCUGAGACUUCAUUCAUUUACUGUUCAAAUACACAAUGUUAUCACAUGUUGAGGAUAGUGUCCAAGCAUUUAAAUAAAUACAGAACAAUAAAUGGACGUACAUAUUCAAUUAAAAUAUAUUUCCAUUUGUAUUUCCAUGCUUAUAUCAGUUUAUUUUAUAGCAUGCCUACAGCGAUUAUUUGCACUAGUAUUUCCAUUUCUCCUUCUUCAUUUAUUUCUGUCAGUAAAUAUUACCUGGAAUUUCAUAAUAAUGUGUUCCUGCAAUAAGCUGAAUCUUAUUUAAUGUAGUUUAGUGUGUGGCUGAU